AUGGAUCAAAACCCCACCGACCAAGAACUCCAGGAGAUGAUCACCGAGGUCGAUGCCGACAGCAAUGGCACCAUUGAGUUUACGGAGUUCUUGAGCCUCAUGGCCAGAAAAAUGAAGGAAACCGAUGCAGAGGAGGAACUCAGAGGAGCUUUCAAAGUAUUCGACAAGGAUCAAAACAGGUAUAUAUCGGCCAAUGUGUUGUGGCAAGUGAUGAUCAAUCUAUGGGAGAAGCUAACAGAUGAAGAGGUGGAGCAGAUGAUAAACGAUGCAGACCUGGAUGGAGAUGGGCAGGUUAACUAUGAUGAAAUUGUGAAGAUGAUGAUGAUGACUGAGCCAGAAAUAGAGAGGGGAGGAGAAGCGGUUGUAUUUGCCAAGCAAAUCUCGCAAGAACAUCCUACGAGAUUUGGUUGUUACGUGUCAGGACUUGAAUUUUCCAGAUCCAGAUUUUAA